CACACGAAGAGCAGAUCCUGCGUUUUGCUGUGACGGUGUAAACAUCAGGUUGUUAUCUUCGGCCGGUUCUUAGGGCGCAGCGCCGAGGCGGAGACCCGGACAAAGCAGCUGUGCGCCGCGGUGGAGGAGGCGGUGAGGCCGCGACGAGGCCUCCGACUGGCGGACACCAACCGGGGGGACCGAACGCUGCGGGGAGGCGGCAGCGGCAGGAUGCGCAACUUCCACUGUUGGAUACAAACAUCACCUGGCAGCAGGUUGGUCCUCUUCGACGUGACCGGCUGAGCGCUGAGGAGCUUCCUGUAGGCAGGGAAAAAUGACAGACGGCUGCCUCCUUGCUGACUGACAAUGCUGCUGGGUUAGCAAAGCCCGACCGAGAGGAGCCUCACCUCCGGACCCCGCGAACGCAGGAAGGCAGAGUCGGUUCUGUUCCAGCACAGCCAUGCUGAUCAAGGAGUACCGGAUCCCCAUGCCGAUGAGCGUGGAGGAGUACCGCAUUGCUCAGCUCUACAUGAUCCAGAAGAAGAGCAGAGAGGAGAGCUGCGGUGAGGGCAGCGGAGUGGAGAUCCUGGAGAACAAGCCUUACGAGGACGGCCCGGGGGGGUCGGGACAGUACACUCACAAGGUCUAUCACAUCGGCAAACACAUCCCGUCCUGGUUCUGUGCCAUCCUCCCUCAAGCCGCCCUUCGUGUGGAGGAGGAGUCCUGGAAUGCUUACCCCUACACACGAACCCGGUAUACUUGUCCAUUUGUUGAGAAAUUCUCCAUAGACAUCGAGACGUAUUACAAACCAGACACUGGAAAUCAAGCAGAUGUCUUCAAUCUAUCCUCCGCUGAAAAGAGACAGAGGACUGUCGACCCUAUAGACAUCGUCAAGGACUACAUCCCUCCCCAUGAAUACCUGGUGGAAGAAGACCCCAAGCUGUACCAGUCACUCAAAACCAGACGGGGCCCGCUGUCAGAGGACUGGAUCGAGGAGAUCAACCACAACCCUGGUCAGAGCGUCGUCAUGUGCGCCUACAAGCUCUGCAAGGUGGAGUUCAGAUACUGGGGCAUGCAGUCCAAGAUCGAGCGCUUCAUACACGACGUAGGUCUCCGCAAAGUGAUGGUCCGAGCCCACCGGCAGGCGUGGUGCUGGCAGGAUGAAUGGUACGGUCUCACCAUCGAGGACAUCAGGCAGCUGGAGCUGGAAACCCAGUUAGCUUUAGCCAAGAAGAUGGCGCAGUACAGCCUGAAUGAGGAAGGCGGAGCAGAGACCAAUGGCUCCUCUGUUAGCCAAGAUCAGGAACAGGUGGGAGAGAACCCGGGAUCAGCUGCGGAGGUCGAGGGAACUCGAGGAAAGCUUGGAGAUUCUCUAGAGACGCGAGGGGAGCUCACCAAGCAGUGGUCCACCUCUUCCAGAUCGUCCAACAGGUCAUCAAAGAGAGGAACAAGUCCGUCUCACCACAGCAUUUCAGAGUGGAGGAUGCAGAGCAUCGCCCGGGACUCUGACGACAGCACUGACGACGAGUUCUUUGAUGCCCACGAGGACCUGUCGGAUAAUGAAGACAUGUUCUCCAAGGAAAUCACCAAGUGGAGCUCUAACGACCUCAUGGACAAGAUCGAGACAAUAGAAGUGGAUGAAGCGCAAGAAGCGUGUCAGGAGUCGAGUGAGGAGUACAGCGUCACUGAGGACACCCAGAUGGAGGACUGUCCGUCCCAGCAGUGUCCCCAGCCGUCCAAAAUCCACGUCCUCGUUCUGGUCCUGCAUGGUGGUAACAUACUGGACACAGGCUCUGGUGAACAGAGCAGCAAGCAGGGAGACGUGAACACUCUCAGUGGGGCUUUUGAGACCGUGAUGAGGGUCCACUACCCGGCGGCGCUCGGACGCCUCACCGUCCGGAUGGUCCCCUGUCCUGCUGUUUGCGUCGAUGCUUUCUCACUCGUCUCCAAUCUGAGUCCGUACAGCUACGAUGAGAGCUGUCUGUCCAGCAGUCAGGACCACAUCCCGCUCGCCGCGCUGCCUCUCCUGGCUACGUCUGCGCCGCAGUACCAGGACGCCGUGGCAACGGUCAUCCUCAGAGCCAAUCAGGUUUACAGUGACUUCAUCAAGUCUACAGAAGGAGCUGCUUUCAGCGGCCAGGUGUGCGUCAUCGGGGACUGUGUGGGAGGGAUCCUGGGCUUCGACGCGCUCUGCAGCAGCUCUGUGACGGUCUCAGAAAGCCAGAACAGCAGCAGGCGGGGCAGCGCCAUCAGUGUCCAGGACACAGAACUUCUCUCUCCCGGUAUUAUCAUAAACAGCGUCUCCCUGUCGUCGCCGUCCCUUGAAGGCAGCCGCCACCUGAGCCGCAGCAACAUCGACAUCCCGCGCAGCUCGGGGCCCGACGACCCCAAGAAGCAGCUGCCGCGCAAGCGCAGCGACUCCUCCACCUACGAGCUGGACACCAUCAAGCACCAUCAGGCCUUCCUCUCCAGUCUGCACUCCAGCGUUCUCCACGGGGAGCCCGGGUCACGGCGCUCCAGCAACAGCACCAUGCUGGAGGGCGGCUCCCUGGGGAAGUUCGACUUCGAGGUGACCGACUUCUUCCUGUUCGGCUCUCCUCUGGGGCUGGUGCUGGCGCUGAGGAAGACCGUGGUCCCCUCCUUAGACGUAUCCGCCCUGCGUCCAGCAUGUCAGCAGGUCUACAACCUGUUCCACCCGGCCGACCCGUCCGCCUCCCGCCUGGAGCCGCUCCUGGACAAGAGGUUCCACCUGCUGCCCCCCUUCAGCAUCCCUCGCUACCAGCGCUUCCCCCUGGGAGACGGACACUCGGCUCUGUUAGUGGACACCGUUCACAGUAACCCGCAGCUGCUGAUGGAGUCCAGCGGCGGGCAGUCCCAGCGUUACCAUGACAGCCCCGCCAGCGAGACGUCCAUCCUGGUUCCGGUCCUGAACUCUCAGACCUCUCUGGUCCACGGCGACGCUGACAGUGUUCAGUCUCAUCUGUAUGCCGAUGGUCUGUGUCCGGCCUCCACGUCGCCGGGAGUCCCCCACCUCCGCUGCAGCCGCAGGGCCAGUGAGGCCAGCCUGGCCAGCCAGGUGUCAGGCCUGGCCGACUCCUACACAGCCACCAACAUCGCCACCACAAACAAAAGCCAGUCUAAAAGGCCCAGCCUGCUGUCGCAGCUGCCGCGCGGUAGAUUCGCCUCUCGGAGCGCGACUAUUCGCUUGCACAGCAAAAUCCGCCGGGUGUUCCCGAGAGCUAACGGCGUGGAGUCUGAGCCCGGCUCAGACCCUAGCUCUGACAUGACCUCUGACCUCACUGAUGUCACAUCUGAAAUCACAGACCUCAGCUCGGUGCCCCCGUCGCCCAGGCUGCUGAAGAACAUAGAGCAAGUUGCGUCGCGGUGGUGGGGCAGUAAGCGCACGGACUACGCUCUGUACUGUCCCGACGCUCUGACGGCGUUCCCCACCGUGGCUCUGCCGCAUCUCUUCCACGCCUCCUACUGGGAGUCCACAGACGUUGUCUCGUUCCUUCUCAGACAGGUUAUGAGACAUGAGAACUCGAGUAUUUUGGAGCUGGAUGGUAAAGAAGUGUCUGAGUUCACGCCCUCCAAACCUCGGGAGAAAUGGGUUCGCAAGAGGACGCACGUAAAAAUACGAAACGUGACGGCUAACCACCGCGUGAACGACGCCGUCUUCACGGAGGACGGAGCGCAGACAGUGGCGGGACGCUUCAUGUACGGACCUCUGGACAUGGUCACUCUCACCGGGGAAAAGAUCGACAUCCACAUCAUGACCCAGCCUCCGUCUGGGGAGUGGGUCUACUUUGACACGGAGCUGACCAACAGCAGCGGACGCGUCUCCUACGUCAUCCCAGCUAAGAAGCGACUGGGCAUCGGGGUGUAUCCCGUCAAAAUGGUGGUCAGAGGCGAUCACACGUUUGCAGACAGUUAUCUCACCGUCGUACCCAAAGGGACAGAAUUUGUGGUUUUCAGCAUCGACGGCUCAUUCGCCGCCAGCGUGUCUAUAAUGGGAAGCGACCCCAAGGUUCGGGCCGGAGCCGUGGAUGUGGUGAGGUACUGGCAGGACCUGGGCUACCUGAUCGUGUACGUGACGGGUCGGCCCGACAUGCAGAAGCAGCGUGUGGUGGCCUGGCUCUCCCAGCACAACUUCCCUCACGGCGUGGUGUCCUUCUGCGACGGCCUCGUUCACGACCCGCUCAGACACAAGGCCAACUUCCUCAAAUGUCUCAUCAGUGAGGCCCACAUGAGGAUCUGUGCCGCCUACGGCUCCACCAAGGACAUCUCCGUGUACUCGUCCGUCGGCCUGCCCCCGUCUCAGAUCUACAUCGUAGGAAGACCAACGAAGAAGAUGCAGCACCAGUGCCAGUUCAUCCCAGACGGCUACGCGUCCCACCUGUCCCAGCUCGAGUACAACCAAAGGUCUCGGCCGGCCAAGUCCACCUCCACCUGCGUGGUCCUGAGGAAGGGCAGCUUCGCCCUGGGGCCGGCCGGAGGGGAUUUCCUCCGCAAGCGCAACCACAUCUUCCGCACCAUCUCCUCCCAGCAGCCAGGGGGCUCCGGCUCCGGCAGCCAGUCGGUACGGACCGAGCGCACCCUGAGCCAGUGCGAAGGAGAGCGCGAGCGCUCGUUCGCCGCCACAACCCAGAGGAGCAUGAGCAUAGCGGCGGGUUGCUGGGGCCGCGGCAACAAGGAGGGCCCCAAGUGAAGUUUACGCAGGGAGCCAAAGACGCUCCGUGAUCUCUGGACGGGACGAAGACGGACGGCCGGGUCGUAGAUCAAAACGUUCUGUAGCAUGAUCCUCUUACCGUCAGAUUUUUAUAGGAUGCCUCAUGUAAAAAGAAAAUGAAAUAUUACAAGCCUUAAAUUAAUCUCGUUUAACGGGACCGCCUCCUCUCUGAAGGACUCUCUGUCCCAGCAUUCACGCUCAUGAGCUCAGGACCGUUUCAUCCUCAAUCGAACACAAGUCUGAGGCCAAGAGGUGUCUGUCUGGCUUUUCUCCUCACCGUCUGACCCACCGUGUCGGACGACAACGCCCCCACGGCAUCAAGAGGCAAAAUCACCCAGAUAAAUCGUAAUAAGGUUCAAAUAAAAACACAAAAGCAGAUAGUUUUGGUUUAUUUUGUACGUGAAGAGGAACAAAACUUUAUUGUCCUUUAUAUUCCCAACUAUAGAAGGAAAUAAAAGUUUUAUCUCUAGGGUAUCUGUACCAUGCUCUAGAAACAUUGUUUUUAAUUCUGCGUCUUAAAAGUAUAGUCAUAAAUAUGCUAAAUGUCACAUAUAGUUUAUCCUGUUGGAGCCUGUUUGUUUCCUAAUCACUGCAAAAACACUCAAUCUUACCAAUUAAGUAUCUUAGUACACUUGAAAUAAGACUAAAUAACUUAAAUCUAACAUUUAACAAGGUAAAUAAGCUUGUUAUAAGUCAAUAACUUUUGCAUAUAAAUAAAAAUACUAGUUCCACUGGGGGCUGCACAGUGAUGCAGUUGGUAGAGCUGUUGCCUUGCAGCAAGAAGGUCCUGGGUUCGAUUCCCGGCCCGGGGUCUUUCUGCAUGGAGUUUGCAUGUUCUCCCUGUGCAUGCGUGGGUUCUCUCCGGGUUCUCCGGUUUCCUCCCACAGUCCAAAAACAUGACUGUCAGGUUAAUUGGUCUCUCUAAAUUCUCCCUAGGUGUGAGUGUGUGUGUGAAUGGUUGUGUGUCCUGUAUGUCUCUGUGUUGCCCUGCGACAGACUGGUGACCUGUCCAGGGUGAACCCGCCUCUCGCCCAGGACGCAGCUGGAGAGGAACCAGCAACCCUCCUGACCCCAUUAGGGACAAAGGGUGAACAGAAAAUGGAUGGAUGAAUAGUUCCACUGGAAGAUUCUUCUUAAACAUUUAGUGAAAAAAAAUCAUUAAAUGUUUAAUUAGCAAGACGAGGCUACAUAUUUAGCUAAAUAUUUAGCUUCAACAUGCUAAUUACAUACUUAGGAAGCUAAAUAUUUAGUGUCAAAUUACUUCAGAAAGAGUUAGCAAACUAUAAAUUAAGUUGGCUAACCAGAUGUAGUUUGCAGCUAAAUUUUGUCUGAAGUGAAAAAAAGCUAUCAUUGAAUAUUUAUGGCUGCAUUUAUCGUAUUUCAUUUGGUAAUGUCUAGCCGUUGCUAGGGAAGAUUGGAAAGAAAACUUGUAAAACUUGUAUUGCUAACACAGUUAGCGUAUCCAGUUAGCAACAAUUAGCAAAUCCACUUUUUGGAGCAUGAUUAAAAUCAGAUCCAGUUCUGACUUCUGAGAUAAAAUACAUCAAAAAUCAAACCAAAACUUUCUGCUUUUCUACACACUAGAAGAAAAAAAGUUUAAUUUGGAGUUUUGGUUAAUGGACUGCAUCGUAUCUAGUCCAAUUUCCACAUCAGGAUUGUUUGUCAUCCUUAGUUUUGUUUUUUGUUCAGUAUACGUUACAGGAGAGCUGUAGUUUUUGUUCCGCCCUUUUCCUUUCAGCGUGGCUUCUUGGCCACUCAAGGCCUUAAAAUCCCACAGGACACUGACUACAGCGAGAACAGGACGCAGAAAAACAGGGCAUGCGGCAUUAAAGCACCAAUUGAACUCUGUACAGUCCACAGCAACUAUCCCUUUAUAUAACCAUCUGCUUGCAAUACCUCGGACCCACCUGCUGGCGGCGAUCUGCAGCUGGGAGUCAGAAGGCCUUUCCAAGCUUUGUGCUCUUUUUGUGUUUCCACAUUAUGGACUCUGUGUUGCUGAUUGAGGACACCGACGUGUGAAGCAGGAAUUUCACGCAGUUUUUCAAAAUGGCCGAAGAAUGCGUGGAAAUGUUUCAGCCUGAAUGUUUCGUGGUGCGUUCAGGGGUGAAUGUAGAGGUUGGGAGAGCAUGCCUUGUACCUCUCCUUCGCCCAGGACGACGUAUUAUGGGUUUUGCUGCUUUUCUUCUACUAAACUGUAGAUUUUCAUGCAAAAUGGACUUUGGAAAAGAAGACAUGUCAUGCCUGAUCAAGGAAGCCAGAGUGGAUGAAACGGACGAUGAGUUAAAGGAAGGCUCUAGUCAGGUGCCUGAAUGGAGACUAAAAUCAGCUCCGUUUGGCACCGACGUUCAUCUUCCUUUAAAAGUUACAAAUGUCCUGAGCACAACAUGUGCUUCCAUUUUAAGUGAUGGAGGAGAAAUGCCUCAGUAGUGAGUCAAAUUUUAAAACUGGGAACAUUUGUGUUUCCUGCGAAAUUGCAGCGCGACUGCUGCAAGCAGAAUGUUUUUGGUGAAAACUGCAGAAGCAUUUGUAGUCCAGUGCAGAAAACUUGCACAACUGUAAGAAAUUAGCAGAAGCAGCAGAAAAAAACAGCAAGACAGUCUGCAAAAAUAUAGAAAGAAUUUGUUGAAAAUGAGUGAAAACUUUAGUCAAAGCAAAAAAAAAAAACCAUUCAGCUAAAAGUUUCAGAUACAGUUACAGAACACUGCUUAUAAAACUAAUGUAUGAACUCUAUAAAGCUCAUAGUGCAGUCAGAGUUGUAUGUAACUAUGAUUUUAGCUAAUAUACUACAGGUUAUGGUUUACUAAAUAUGUUUCGCAAUAUUGAGUUGCACAUUUAGUUUGCAAACAACAUUAUUUAAGCUAAAAAGUAACAGCCAGCUAAAAUAUUUAUGAUAGCGUGUAAGCUACAACUAUUAUGUUGACAUGGAGUAACGCUCCAUUCAGAAUGAAAAAUCCUAUGUAAAAGCUAAAAUUAGCCGAACUGCUAAUGCUAGCUAAAAUGCUCUCGAUAGCAAGUGGGCUAUCACCAACAUGUUAACUAACGUUAACUCACAACAUUCAGUCUAUUUGGUUUAGCUUUUAAAUGAAAGUGUGCUGAAAUGCUACAUUAUUAAAGAGGGCUAGCACUAGCAAGUUGAUCUACAGUAGCUUACUCUGUUCAAUAUGCAGAAAUACAUGUCGGCAAUGAUAGCCAACAUGUUAGGUAACACCGUCAUGUUGCUAACGUUAGCUUAAUGCUCUCAGUAAAUCAAAAUGAGCUAAAAAGCUAAUGUUUGCUUCAAUGCUAUUAGUAUCAUGUUGGCUUACACUAGGAUGUAGUGUAAAUUUAACUUUGUCAUUCAGUAAGUUAACUUUGGUUUUUAAGUAGAAAUUGGGUAAAAAUGUAAUCUUAUUAAAUGUUAUUAUAAUCAUGUUGACCUAUGCUAGCAUGUUUGAUAACAUUGACUUAAUCCAUUAAGUAAGGUAGGUAGCUUUAGUUUUUAAGUCAAAAUUAGCAAAAUAGUUAAUGUUAGCAAAAAUGCUAUCAUCCUGUUGGCUUGCUAUUUCUUUUUGAUGAACCCAUGCAUGAUUAAGAGUAUUCAAUUACUUAACAAUUUUAUUAGCCAGAUGUAGCCAUAGAUUUUUAACAACUUGUUUCAGUCUUUUCAAUAUUUCAUAAUUUAAUGUAUCAGCUGCUGUUUCACUGUUUUGGAGUGCUACGGGUAAUGACCCUUUAAAAUAUUUUCUUUUCACCCUCGCUUAGACUGGAAGUGCAUU